AUGGCAUCUUUGACAUCUGCCCGAGCGGCCAGGACCGCUUUCUGCUCUGCAUGCCGGUUUGCCUGCCCCAGCACGACCGUGGGCUCCGCCGCACUCAUCCCCAGGCGCGGACUGUCAACAUCGACCGAGCAAGCGCCAGUCGACGUUGCGGAUAAGCCGCGCUGGUCCUACACGCCUCCCCGCGCAAAAGCCCCCUUCAGCCUGCGAUUCGACUCCAAGAGACGCGAAUUUCCCGUCAAUUCCGACCCGAAGGCUCUCGAUCAGUUCUACAUCCGCUUGCUGGGCGCCGACGGCGACAAGGUUCUGUCGGAGGAAGUGAAGUGGCUUGCGGUGACACAUAAGAGUUUCGAUCAGGGACGGAGAGGCUUCAACGACCGUCUGGCUUUCAUAGGGAAGCGGAUCGUUCAAUUACAGGCCUCUCUGGCUUUGGUGCAGAAUCCCGGCAAUGCUAGCAGCUCUGCCGCUUCGGAUUCUCUGGGUCGCGAGCCCUUCGCCCAUCCGGCCCUGGAGGGCCUGAAUAACCUCUCCGGUAACACCAAGAGCUUCCUCAUGAGCAAGUCGAAGCUUGCGGAGCUCGCGCAGAAGUAUGAAUUAGACAAGGUGCUGAGAUGGAGUCCUCGCAAGCCCAACAACCUCGCCAGCUCUGGAAUGGAACUUGUCCUCGCCCACACGAUGUACGCGCUCGUCGGUGCUAUUGCCCUGGAGAAGGGCGGGCAUGUCGCCAACAAGGUGGCACAGGAACGGAUACUAGCACCUUUGGGACUCAAGACGACGGCUUAG